AUGAAGGAUGAGUUGAAGCAGCUCCGUUCCGAUCUUGAGCGGGAGCAGACGGUUCGCAAGGAGGAAACAGAGACCGUGCGCCGGCUGCUGACACGCAACAUAAACGAGGAGUCGCAAAUGCGUGCAAGCUUGGACAGCAAGCUCGAGGCCUUCCAAAAUCUUUCGAAGACGUGGAUCAGCUCUUUGGGAAAAGAUGUCAUGGCAUCAAAAGAGCGCCUGAACUGCCUUGACUCCAUUGCAGAGCAGCACAGUACAUCGCUCCUUGCACACGAGGAGCGGCUGGUGAUCUCUGACUCUGCGAUUGCACUGCGCUGUACGGUGACCGACUACAAGUCUUUGGCGACCUCCUUGGCCGAGCUUCAAGCGGAAGUUGUGCGCGACCGAGCCACAGCACAGGCUUCUGUCGACACAGCGGUGGCCUCAAAAAGUCACGGAGUAAUGGGGAGAUGCUAUCCAGGAGAGAUACCAUCGACGAUUUUCAUCAGCCACAACCACAGUGACCAUGCGGGCGAGCUGCCGAUAGUGCUGGCGGUCGAAGGCCUGCAAAAGCAGCGGCCCAUGUGUGUCAUCGCCGAGACAGAAGUGCUUGCCAGGUUGCAAGUCUAUCGGAUGCACGAGAUGCGCAGCAUGGGACGUGACAUGGGCGAUUUCGCCGCAUGGGUUCCGGCACCGGAAGGGGAGCUGGUCACCGUCCAAAGCGAGGCGGGGCCUCUGCGUCUCACCAGCCACCGGGCACAGCACAGUGAGUUGUGCUUCGGUGCCCGGCUCGACAUCGGUAACAACUCGAUCGGCUGGACGGCCGACAGCGGCUUCUCUCCAACGCUUCUCCGGGCACUGCGACGUCCGAAGCUGCUCCUCAUCGAUGCCCGAAAGGUGGGAGGACCCGAGCAUGCCGGCUUCAAGGAGAUCGCAGAGUAUGUCGCCAGCAAUGACGACGUGGAGUUCUUAGGUGCGCCGGUCGACGGGCACCUUUUCACCCCAAGAGAGGGCAUCUGCCAACUGGCAGUCAUUGGCUAUGGCUCUUGGGCUGAGCGCCCCGGCUGGGCGGAUGGCAUCCCAUCUAGCGCUGUUCUGUCUCCUGGGCAGGUGAUCGUGCUUCGUCAGGCACCACCCCAACGAAAUUCCAUUGCCUUCAUUGCCGGCUACCUCUGUGGCUAUGCCUGUUCUGUCUGCUCUCGACAUCUGAUAUCGACUGAACGAGCAUGA